AUGGGAAACACCAACUCUGCCAUGAAUCGAGACCCGCCCAAGGCGCAUCGAGCUCUGUGCGGGUUGCGCUACGACAACCAGUUCGGAUUCGCUUCGACCAAGCCGCAAGGCGUCACCACGACGUGCUUCAACGAUGUGGUGUUGGAACCAUUGGCAACAUGGGUGCUGCUAUUCGUGCUGCUGCCCUUGCUCGGACUCGCCUUGAAACGCAAGCGAUACAACUCAAGCUCGACGUCCAGGCUGAUCAAUUACAGCUCCAACGCCUACCGCAACGACAGCAAAUUUAGCGGAAGACACUCGAGACUUCGCAUCAGCAUGGAUAUCUUGUAUACGCUGCUCGUCGUUGCAGCGCUCCUGAUGAACAUUCUUCAAAUCGUGCGUCUGGCGUUAGCCAACCGCGGAGUGGGUCUUCUCCCCUUCAAUUUGGCCGGUAUCCUCAUCGUGCUCGUCCUCAUGCAUCUACGCUCUGCCAGCCCACCUGCUGUGAGCUUGACGAUCUGGUCUUUCUGGACGCUGCUCGUUGCCUUCACCUCGGUCGCGCUCGGCGGUAUGGGCAAGCUCAAGGGCGUCGAAGACCGCUUGGGCACUGAAUACCUGCUCAGCGACGAGAUGAUCGAUGUCGGUGUCCAGGUCGGCCUGUACGCCGUAUUUUGGAUCGUCGAAGCCACACGCUUGCUGAGGACCUCGAUAACAUCGCGCAAAGCCGUGCAAGGGAGUGCUAGGCUUCCGGAACAUCCUCAACAUCAGGACGGUCUCGCUUCGACGCAGUCGGCUGAGAACAAGGUGCCGCUCGCCACCGCCUAG